GCCUUACAGUCAUGUGGUGUUGUAACAGAGUAGCAGGAUUUAAAGUGGUACAUCGUUCUACAGUAAGAUGAGGUUGUGAGAGUAACAGAGCUAUGCGACUCAGGUGCCUUGCCGAUGUUUCAGUACCUCUAAAGAUUCAGCUCUGCAGUUCUCUUCUGUGUCAGAGGCUAUCAAAAUGUCAUCAACAUAACAACCCACUCUGGAAUGAUGAGUCUGAAAGCAAAGAAAAAAGCCCGGACUUCCUUUGGGGCCACAGCACCGCCCUUCAUUGACUACCUGAAAGAUAUUUUACGUCGAUAUCCAGAUGGUGGACAAAUUUUGAAGGAGCUGAUUCAAAAUGCAGAUGAUGCUCGAGCCACAGAAGUGGUUUUCAUCCAUGAUGAGCGAAGCUAUGAGACUGAGAGUCUUUGGACUAAAGAACUGGGAAAAUACCAAGGUCCUGCUCUCUAUGCCUACAACAAUGCUGCAUUCACUGAUGAAGACUGGGAAGGAAUUCAGAUGGCUGGAAGGAGUGUGAAGCGUGAUGACCCAAACAAAGUCGGGAGGUUUGGAAUCGGCUUCAACUCUGUUUACCACAUAACAGAUGUGCCGAGUAUAUUCAGUUCAGGGCACCUUGGUAUGAUGGAUCCCCAAGAAAAAAUAUUUGGGGAAAGAAAUGGAGGGUUUUGGUGGUCUCUGGAGGAUGCUGAAGACCAAGAAGCUCUGAUGAACACAUGUGAUCAGUUCCAGCCAUUUAGAGAUAUAGUUUCACUUGUAUGCAGACAAGAAUGGUCAAAAGUUGUCGUGGAGGAUCAGCACUUUGAUGGGACAGUUUUCAGAUUUCCUUUACGCAAUGAGGCGUCAGAAAUCUCUGAUAAUCUGUACGACUCAUAUAAGGUGGUUGAGCUUUUUGAUAGCUUCAUUGCAGAUGCAGAGUUGAGCCUUCUCUUCUUGAAAAGUGUCACCUCCGUGUCCUUGAUUCAUAUUAAUGUAGAUGGAGCUGUUAACACCAGAAUUAAAGUGAAGUCCUCCGUCCCCACAGGUGUUGUUUUAAAGUCAGAAGAUGAGUCAGUCAUUGGGGGUCAAACAAGGUUCAAAGUUAUAACUGUGAGUUCAGAAGAUGAAAAAGAGACAAAGUGGCUUCUGACUACAUGCACCAUGAAAGAAGGCAAUGCAGAAGAUCUUGAUUUGCUUGCAAAAAAGUUGAGCUUUUUACCUCAAGUUGACUUGGCAUUCCCCUGUGGUGAGAAGAGGGACUGUAGCCAGAGCAGACUGAGCUGCUUUCUCCCCCUUCCAAACAAUGACUCCAAUAAGACACGACUCCCAGUUUAUGUCAAUGCAUGCUUUGGCCUCACUGACAAUAGAAGACACAUCAAGUGGCAAGAGGAAGACCAGAGACAUGAUGACCAUGCUUUGUGGAAUGAAAUGCUGAUGAAGAAGGUGUUCCCACAAGCAUACAUCAUGAUCAUUCGAGAUGCCGUUAAACUUGCCCAAGAAUCUGUUCUCCCUGUCUCUUCUGUGUAUGAUCUGUGGCCAGAUCUCUCUCAAAUACAGCACAAAGACAAAUGGCAUGCUCUCACUCUGGAUGUUUUUCAUCACUUAUUCAGACAGAACAUGGCUGUCCUCUCUCUUGCCAAAGAUGAAAGACAGUUUAUCACUCCAUUAGACGCUGUUUUCCCCUGCAAUGGCCCAACAAGCACCAACAUAUUGUCUGCCAUUAAAAGUACUUUGGUUUCCUGUGGAGAAAAUCUCAUCACUUUACCGGCUGCUGUUGCAAGGGCUAUAAAUGAGGCAUACCCAAACCCCACUAGCCUAAAACAUGUGACUCCAGCAUUCCUCAGGAACAUUCUCCACAGGACUGGUGUGCAUAACAUCACUAAAGAUGACAAACUCUGUCUUUUGGAGUACAUUUUGGGUGAUGAACAAUACAAAGAACUUGAGAAUCUUCAACUCCUUCCACUCAGUGACGGCUCUUUCAGAUCUUUUACAGACAGAGAAGAAGACACUGCUUUGAUUGACAGCAAUGAAUUUCCAAGAGUCUUGCUGCCAUUCUGCAAACACCUCUUCAUCCCACACAAUCUCAGUCCAGCCUGCAGUGCCCAUCUAAGAGAACUGGCCAGAAGAAAUUUCUUCAAGGUCAUCAACAUUGAUGCUUCCCACGUGGCUGAAUAUACAAGGAGGUAUUUGCCACAAGACUGGAAGCAGACACAGAAGGACCUUGUUACAUGGGACAACAGCAACAGUCAGCAUCCACCUUUAGACUGGUUCCAAGAAUUCUGGAGGUUUCUCAACAUUCAUUUUAAUGAGUUAAGUCGUUUCAUUGAAAUACCUCUAAUACCAGUCAGUCCCCUGUCUGACAGUCAGACUGUAUCAGUAGCAAAACUAAAGCACAACACAACCCUGAUCUUCCAGAAAACCAAGCAGUUGAUUUUGCCAGACCAAAUAGCUCAGCUGGUGAACAAAGUUGGUGGCACAGUGGUGAGAGGAAAUGAGUGGCUAAAGCAUGAAGAUCUUGACUCUUAUGUGCUGUGCCCAUCUCCAAGGAGUGUUAUGAAGGUCUUGAUUAACUUAGAUUUCCAGUAUCUGAUCACAGAACUCACAUCUGCCUCUCACACAGCACGAGAAGAACUGAAAGAUUAUCUGUCUCAUCUGGAUUCUCUUUCACAUAAAGAGAAAGAUUUUCUCUUAAAGUUGCCUUUGUUUCAAACCAUGAAAGGAUUCAGUGUUGCAGCUCAAUCAAAACAAGCUGUGCUUCUGAUCUCAGGCCUGACGGUACCAACAGAGCUCCCUGUGCCUGAUUCCAUAGUCCAGUGUGCUACUGAGGCUGACCGCAGACUGCUGCAGCUGCUCAAAGUUCCUCUCUUGGACACAGCUGAAGCAGCCAAUGUUCUUGUUAACUGUAUCAAGAAAGGGGCUUUUAGCAGUGAAGACACUGAGAAAACGAUGACUUGGAUCUUACAGCAUGGUAAGGUGCUUUUCUCUCAAAACCAGGCCUUGAAAUGCAGCUGUAAGGACUUGAACUUCAUUGAGGUGAAUGGACACCUGAAGAAGGCCUCAAACUUUUUUGAUCCAAGAAUUAAAACUUUUAAAAUCUUUGAGUCAGACUUCUUUCCCCCACCUUCAUACACUCAUUCACUGCAGGUGCUGGAAAGCCUAACAGAAGUUGGAUUACUGAACAAAGAGAAAGAUGUCUCACCUGAACAUUUGCUACAUGCUGCCAACCUGAUUGACAAACCAUGUAUGGACUCACAAACUGAUUCUCUGAAAAGAGCUCAGGCUCUCCUGGAAAUGGUGGAUACUAAUGAUCUACUGUCAAAGUUUUCUCAUGAACAGCUUCAUCGCCUCAAAAGGCUAAAAUGGGUCCCAUGUGUACAACCUGGAAAUAACAAACAGUUCAGUGACGACUCUCAGAACUAUUGUUUGUUCUGUCCAGAUGAAAUAAGACAUUCUGUGUACAAGGACCUUGUUGGCCAUGUAAUGCCUCUGGUAGGGAAGCUCAGUGACAGAGUUAGCAGCAGACUUGGUCUCAAAGACCAACCUCCACCUGAUAAAGUCAUGGAGAAUCUGUCAGUCUUGAAAUCAAAGGCACAGCAAAUGGCUGAUCCUGACAUAGAUGUGGAUUUCAAAAGGCAGUUACACAGCAUUUACAAACACAUGCAGGACAACAUCUCUGUAUUUUCAGCAAAAUUGGACAAGAAGACCUGUUGGCUAUGGGCCCACAACCAGUUUGUUGCACCCCAGGAUCUGGUUCUUCAAUACCCACAAUAUCUCGAUCUGAGUUCUUACAUCGGGAAGGUAACAACUGAAUUUCUACCAUACAAGAAGUUGUUCCAGAAGUUUGGCCUGAGAACAGUGCUUUCAAAUGAAGAAAUUCUGGGAAUUCUUCAUUCAAUCCAGGAAACAAUUGAAACAAGAAAUCAGCCGUUUGCAAAUUCCUCAGAGGUCAAAGUGUCAAUAGAAAUUCUUAACUGGCUGUGGAAAGAGAAGAAGAGACUUCAGGAUGACAUCCCAGUGCCAGUCAUUGUAGAGGGAGGACAGUUUACCCUAAAACCACGAUCAAGAGCUGUUUUCUGUGAUGUAAGCAAAAAUGGACUGAAAGAACUAAACUUUAACCAAGAGGGAAUUUAUGUCAUACAUGAGGAAAUCCCAAAAGCAGCAGCUGAAUGGCUGGACAUUCAAUUUCUUAGUUCCCACAUCCUCUCUCCAGAGGUGAUAGGGAUAGAACAAUGUGGACAAUCUGAGCCAAUAACAGUGAGGAUAAAAAACAUCCUUAAAGAGUAUGAUGAAGAAAGUGACAUCUUCAAAGAGCUCAUUCAAAAUGCAGAGGAUGCUGGAGCAGGUGUCUGUAGGUUCUUGGUGGAUUACAGAGUCCACAAAGAUGCCCCUGACAGCCUUAUUGACCCUGACAUGGCCCUUUGUCAGGGACCCUGUCUUUGGGCUUUUAAUGAUGAACAGUUCACAGCUGAGGAUUGGAAAAAUAUUGUCAGAGUUGGCUCAGCCUCAAAGGAGAACAAAGUGGAAAAAAUUGGGAAAUUUGGACUUGGAUUCAACACUGUGUAUCAUGUGACAGAUGUCCCCUCCAUCCUUAGUGGCAGCACUCUUCUCAUACUUGAUCCAAAUGUAACUCACCUCACAAAGCACAUCAAGCACAAAACAAACCCUGGAAUCAAGCUGGAUCUCUCUCAACAGCGACUCUUUCAUUGUUUUCCUGGUCAGUUUGGAUCAUAUGAAAACAUUUUUGACUGUAACUUUACCAGAAAAAGUCCUCCUGAACCCUAUCCAGGCACUCUGAUCAAACUGCCUUUCAGAAGUGAAGACGAGGCUCUCAAAUCAGAAAUAAGCACAAAGGUGUAUGACAAAUGCAGUAUCCUCACUUUUCAACAGCACUUUUCUAAGAAUUCACAAACUCACCUGCUUUUUUUGAAAAACAUCAAUUUAUUAUCCCUCCAAAAUAUCUCAAACACUGGAUCAACUCCACCACGAGACAGUGAAAUAGAAACCAUCUUCUCUGUGUCCAAAACCACUGUGAAUGCAAUGGAGAUUCCUGAUGAGACCGGUGUGUCCAAGCAGCAUCAAGCUGAGAAAUCACUGAUGAACCUUGAUGGCAAAUGCAAAAAAUUGAUUGAAUGCUGCACAGUCAGCAUUGUGAAAAUAUCCAGUCAGCAGUCUGAUGUAUCUGAAGUUCAGUUCUGGCUCCUGUACAACUGCUUUGGGACACAUCAGUCCUUGGAAAUGGCCCUUCACAAAAACAAUCAAGCCAGUUUCUCUUUGCCCAUCGGGGGGAUUGCUGUGCCUUUGCAAAAUGAUCCAGAAACUGGAAAAUACACAACAUUACAAACAGACCUGGUUGGACAGGCAUUUUGCCUCCUUCCUCUUCCCAUUCAAACAGGUCUUCCAGUCAAUGUAAAUGGCACAUUUGCUGUGACAAGCAACCGAAAAGGUCUGUGGGAAACUGGAGUGAAAAAUGACUGGAACAACGCUCUUCUUCAGGAUGCAGUAGUGACAUCAUAUGUUACUGUACUCAAGGCACUAAAGAAAAUGUCUGAAAACAAGCAGCUGGUGAGUUACUGUUAUCACACUUUUUGGCCUGAUAGGGAGAAAGUGACUGAACCUUUCAAGCCUUUGGUGGAUGCAUUUUACUCGACCAUUGCCCAUGACUCUAUUGGUCCAGAGCUCUUUAGUGAUGGAGAACAGUGGUUCUCAGUGAACAAGGCCACAUUUCUACAUGAGAGUAUUGGAAAUGAUGAAGAAAUUGGUGACCUUGCAGUACAAGUGUGUCAAAAAUAUGUAAAAGGACCAAACCAUGUUUUUCCUCUUCCACUGUGGCUGAGAAAUAGCUUCAAACAGGCCGGUCUAGAAAAGGUGUUACAAAACAGGACAUGGAACUGGGAGAAGUUCUACCAAGAAGCAGUGUUCAAUAACCUAACUACCAUGGACCCUAAGAGUAGAGACACCCUUGUGCUACAUGCUAUUGAUCUUCAUCUCAAAGAAACUGACAAGUUGUUGCUCUGCUAUCCAUGCAUACCCACAAAGGGUGGACAGCUCCAAUAUAUUAGGAAACUUGUGAACCCAUCAGGGAAAGUGGCCUGUCUUUUUGAAGAAGAGGAGGGGCGCUUGCUUGGUGGAACCAAAAAUGACUUUAGCUCCCCUGAAAGGAUUCAGCGUUUGUUGGAUCUUGGAAUGGCAAAUGAACAUCUCCCAUUGGAAGACAUCACAGAGAAAGCAGGCACAAUUAAUAAAACCUGGAACAUUGACAAAAUGAAAGCAUUUGUGCAUUUGAGGUGCCUUCUUGAACUGAUGAAGAAUCACAUACAUGAUGAAGAUGCUCGCCACUGGAAAACACUAAAGACAACUGCAUUUCUCCCAGCAUUUUCUCCUGGUGAUACAAAAAUGGAAAGAAAUGUAACACUUAAAAGGCCCACUGAUGUUUUUAGUGACCAAUGUUCCCUACUCAUUAACAUGACUCAACCAGUGUUAGAUCAUACUAAUCUGAAAAUACACAACACUGAUCCAGUUCUACAGAUUUUGGGAGUUCACACCACUCCAAAGCCAGAGACGGUGCUUCAGCAGCUACAAGAAGCAAGCAAACAAGCUCACUCCACUGACAGAUUCAUGCUUCACAAAAUAGCAUCUGAGUGCUAUAAGUUUCUAGAUCAGUGGAUCUGUGACUCUGGAAAUACCUCUUACAUUUCACAACAGGCAAAUUCAUUCCCAUUCAUCCUCAUUGGAAACACAUUUGUGAAUGUCAACCGUGUAGCUGAGAGUGCGCAACUUGAAGCAAAGCCUUAUCUCCAUGUACUUCCAGCUGCCUUCAUAAGUUUCAGGAAUCUCUGGAAAAGGAUAGGUGUGCAAGAACAAUUCACAACCACUCAGCUUCUAACUGUGCUGCAGGAAUUACAAGCUGUACAUGGAAACAAGCCCCUGCCAAAGAGUGAUCUGUCGGUGUGUCUCACAAUUUUAAGCAAAGGAAUAUUUGAAGGUGAAAUGGAAACAGAUGAUUGUCUGAUACCCAGCAAAUAUGGGGUGUUGCAACCUGCAAGUGAACUGUUUUACAAUGACAGCCCAUGGAUGCCGCUCACUUCAAGUGUCACAUUAUGUCACAAAAAUAUCCCACGUGACAUGGCUCGUCACCUUGGAAUCAAAACAACCAGACAUCAUAGUCUGGAAAACCACAUAGUUAAUGACAUGUUACCAUUUGCUUUUGAGUUUCAGCAGCAUGAAGCAUUAGCUGUUCGCAUUAAAAACAUCAUUUCAGCCUAUCCAUCAAAGAAAGAUAUCCUUAAAGAGCUGAUCCAAAAUGCUGAUGAUGCAGAAGCAACAGAAAUUCACUUCAUCUGGGACAAAAGACAACAUGGCAAAGUAAAAACAUUUGGGGAGAAAUGGAACAAUCUGCAGGGUCCAGCACUGUGUGUGUUCAACAACAAAGUGUUUUCUGAUGCUGACAUUAAGGGAAUUCAGCAGCUGGGAGAGGGAGGAAAGCACAACUCUCCAGGGAAGACAGGAAAGUACGGAGUUGGAUUUAACUCUGUUUACCAUCUGACUGACUGUCCUUCAAUCCUUACAGGAGAUGAAAAGCUUUGCAUUUCUGACCCCAAUAAACAAUACAUUGAAGGUUCUUCAGAUAAACCACCACUUGGCAUUGGCUAUAAACUAGCUGACACUUUCAAAGAAAUGUACAUAGAUGUCUACAAAUCCUUUCUUCCAGACAAAUUUUCUCUUAAAAAGGGCACCAUGUUCAGAUUACCUCUGAGGAUGGGUGCCAAUGCAAACACCUCCAAUAUAUCAGAGCAAGGAGUCACUGAGUGCGACAUGAAAAAGCUGUGCUCUGCCUUGUCUGAAGAUCCUGAAGGAUUAAUUCUGUUUUUGAAAAACAUCUGCAAAAUCAAAGUUCAUGAAAUCGAUGAAGAUUCAGGAGAACUUAAAACCAUCUUUGAGGUUGAAAAAAAUCUGCCACAAACAAGUCGGGAAGAAAAAGAUUAUUUUGUAAAAAGUCUACAAAAUGCACUACAAUCAGACAAACCAACAACACCACACAAGACUUUCUAUGAAACCAUGAUUUCCACCUCAGAUAAAAGACAAAGUAAAUGGAUUGUUGCUGAACAGUUUGGUUCCUUCAAAGACAGCUGUGAAUUAAAACUAUCAGACAAACUUCCCCAAGCAGCAUUAGCAGCACGUGUGAACUCGAAGAGCACCAUGAAUUUUAAAGGAGAAGCCUUUUGUUCACUUCCUUUGCCAGGGAAAACUGGUCUGCCAGUACACGUCAAUGGAAACUUUGAGGUUGAUUCUUCAAGGAGAAGCCUUUGGAAAGAAGAUGGCCAAAGUCUGAAAUCAAACUGGAAUGAGUCUUUGAAACAGAAUGUCAUUGCUCCACUGUAUGCAGAUCUCCUGCAUUACAUCAGGUGCAGCAUUGCAGUCAAGAAAGUUUCUCUUUCAAAUAUUGAACCAUGUUUCAGGACUGAAUACUUGUGUUUUUGGCCAACUGUGUCCACAGAUGUUGGUCUGGACUGGCAUGAAAUGAUACAUGAGGUAUACAGAUCAAUUAAAGAAAAGGGCCUUGAUGUAAUUCCAGUGAUGAAGAGCUCAGUCCGUAUAAUUGCAGACAAAAAAAUUAAAGAGUACUCUUUUGACUGGUGUAAUGUCAGUGAAACAGACUCAACUGAAGCACUUUACCUGACAAUCUCAGAGACUUACAAGCUGAAUGUCAUUUUGGAAGAUCUUGGAAUGAAACUUGUUCCUUAUUCCAAAAAUAUGCAGAGGAUUUGGAAAAGUUUCAGAUCUGCUGGUGUUGAAGUGAAAGAGGUCAGUCCCUCCACUGUGCAGACUUUCCUACGAGCAAAGUCUCUCAAUGAUCCAACCCAAACAGAUGAGGAUUUACCUUUGCCCAUAAGUGCCACUUUGAUCAGGGAUGAGUCACGAUGUUCAGAGCUCUUGAGAUUUUGUUUAAAAGAUUUCUCCUCACAAAAGGUCACGCAGGACAAUCCCAAUUUACUCAAUGGGCUUCCACUUCUUCUCACAAGUGAUAAAGUUUUGAGAGUGUUCAACUCAGAAUCACCCAAGUGGAUAUCAUGGUAUGAAAAACUCUUCCAUGGCUACGAGGACCAGUUUGCAGAUUAUCAGACCAACAAAGAGCACACUGAGCUUCUCCAAUACUUAAACCUCAUCAAAAAAAUAACAUUGUCUUGCUCAGAGAAAUAUCUGAAACCAUUAAUUCAGCAUCUUCUUCAGGACUGUAAAAUUGAUCCAUACAGUGGUCUUCAUGUCCCAAAUGAGGUAAUGUUGAAGUGGUUGAAAUCACUUUGGAUGUUUAUAAUGAGUGAAAUUAAACCACCAAUAUCUAGAGACAAUAACCAAACUCCUCCAUUAACUGAUGUGAGGAAACUCUUUAGCAACUGCUGCAUUUUACCUGUUGUGUGUCCAAGGUUAAACAACAAGCACUUAGUGCAAACAAUGAAACACAUGUCAAGUGUUGUGGUUCCCUCACAUGAAGACAAACACAUAUCAGGCAUCCUCUUUAAACUUGGUUUUAUGAUGCUCGAUCGUGGAUUCUUCUCUGACCAAGACAUAUAUUCAUAUCUACGUCAUGAACUUCUAGAUGUGAAUGAUGAAAGCUCAGUGUUGAACCAGGUCUAUGAAAUUAAUCACUCAGAGUUUUCUCACCUUUCAACUGAGGACAUGAGCGAAUUUCAGAUCUUCCUGCAGUCUGAAUUGUCCAAGUCAAAAGGUAACCAAGACUAUAAGAGGAAGCUCAAAUCCUUACCAAUAUUUGAAACAACACAGGGUCAACGAGUAAGGAUAGAUGGACCUAAACAGGUUUAUGUCCUCAACAGUGAAUAUUCAGUGAAAUUUCCAGAUUUGUUCAAUCUGCCCAACAGCAACAGCAUUUUUCUCAAGCACAAUCAUGAGAACUACACACUGUCAAAAACACUCAACAUUCCAGUCCUGAAUGAUUUGGAGUAUUUCAUGAAGUUCAUUCUGCCUGCUGUACACAAACUCUCAGAGCAACAGAUUCUUCACAGCCUCAAACUUUUGCUGUCACUACAUUAUUCUUUGAAGGAUAAAGAAAUUAUCAUUUCUUCACUAAUGACAGUGAAUCUAAUUCGCAGUUCUCAAGGUAGACUGCAGCCUGCAUCAUACUACUAUGAUGAGCGUGUGGAGCUGUACAAACAAAUGUUGCCCCAAGAGAGAUUUGUGCCUGAGAGAUUUUGGACUGAGCUGUGUGAAGGAGAAUAUUGUAUGAAACAACAAGCAAAAAAGCUGUUCAGAGAACUUGGAAUGAAACAUAUUGUCUCAAAGGAUGAGAUAAUACAGUUUGCAAACCAGUUAGAAUUAGAAGCAAAGGUAAACGGAAAACUUGAAGAACUGAAAUUGAAAUCAUCGUUACUUUUCAAGAAAGCCUUGAAUAAAGCGUGUGACGACAAAGACAAAAAUGAAAGGUUGCUGGAGAGCAUUGCUGACAUCAAAUUCAUUUUUCCAGUGAUGAUUCGAAAAGAACUUUCCAACUACCACCAACCAUUUGCCACUGAAGGAACUACUGUUAAAAUCAGAGGAUCUCUGAUUGAAAAGCAUCCUGACCAUCAGGAUUCGAUUUGGUCCUCAAUGCCAAUUAUAGACCUACCAGUUUAUAAAGAACAGAAACUUAUGCAGAUGAUGAAAAAUGCAGGAGCGCAUGAAGAACCUCCUCCUAACUGUGUAACCAGUAACAUAAGAAACAUCUGUCAGUCACCAUGUCAAACUGAACAGCUGAUCAAAACACGAGCUAAAGUCUUCCGAAGUUCUUAUGCCUACCUGCAGAAAAAUAGCUUUGAAGGAAACCAACUGGCUGGUCUUCCUGUUGUGUUGGUUGAAAAAGACACAAAGUUUGUGAGGGUUGAUGAUGUGUGUCUCUCACUCUCUGAUGAUCUGGACUUCAGACCAUAUCUGUACAAGAUUACUCCAGAAGAUGUAAUGUAUGCACCAUUCUUUAGGAAAAUCGGUGUGAAUAAUGAAGCUACUGCAGAGCAGUAUUGUAAUGUUUUGGCAGCAGUUUAUGCUGAUUCCUGUGACAAACAAAAACUACACCCAAACCAGCUGAUAACUGUGAAACGAGCUGUUGAGCAUUUGUUGAAGUUAAUCAGAGCUCAGGGAAACCAGACCCUUGAUCAAAAUGUUGAGAUUUUGUAUCUUCCUGCUGUAGAUGGUAAAUUAUACCCAUCAGCCACACUCUACUACAACGACACAGCGUUUGAGACCAGAAGGUUAGAAGAAGCGCUGGAGAACAAGUUCCUGCUGCUUGAGAAACUCAGUGAAUGUCAUUUGGGAAAUGACAAGUAUGAACAUCACCAGCUGCUGCAACUGCUGCCUCAGAAAUUCCAGCCAAAAAUGCUGUCUCAGCUCACAGAGGAAAGAGUGGUGGAAAAAAAUAUGCAGCUUUGUGAACUUGGGACUGGCUGUGAAUUUAGUGGAUUGUUUGCUAAACAUCUCUCCACAAGAGCAUUUAGACAUGGACUAAUUUGUCUUAUUAGAGCACAGUCUCAAGGCAAAAUAACACAAGAAGAUGCUGCUAAUAUGUGUGAGAAGACUUUUGGUAGUAUACGGAUUGUCUGCUGCAAAACCCUGGAAACAAGCCUCUGGCUUAAUAAACAGCCACUGCCCAAAACUGAAGAAGAAACUGAUGUUUCUGUGGAACGAGGGGAAGAAGGGUGCACCUUUUACUUAAAGCACAGUGAUGACAUGGCUCACAAGGUAAUAAAUGAAGUCAUCAUGACCCUGACAAAGGAGAUUAAUGCUCUUUUACGGAACAGAAUUGCAUCAGAUCACCUUCCAGUACUCGGACAACUUCUCUUGUGUGAUGAUCUGCAAGAUAUUCAGAAAACUCUGGCUAAACAUCAGAUCCAUGACAGUGCUGAAAAUGAAAGCUCCUCGUUCAGUCCAGCAGCUCCUGGGACAGAAAUUCCAGAGGAAUGGCAUGAUUGUUUGGACAUGAACAUCCUCAAUAACUUUGAAGAGGGGGAAUAUGUUGGCUACAGCAUUCAUGACAAAUACAUUUAUGCAGUUAUUGAUGAAGAACUGCCUGGUCACAAUGGACAAUAUUCAUGGAGAUACAAAAUAAAAAUUGGAGAAGCUGAGCCCAUUGAAGUCAGCUGCAUUGAUCUGUUUCAGUUUAAACGAGAAAAGAAAGAAAUACCAAAAGAGAGAACUUUCACAGAACCAAAACCACAGGAAAAUAUGCCAAAACAAGUAGAGAGAACUUGCAUGGAGUUGGAACCACUGGCAGGAGCUUUGCCACAUUCUUCUCAACCAUCAACAAAUUCCUUACCAGCCUCUGUUGAGGAAGCUAAAAGGGAAAUUGACAAAUGUUUGGCAGAGAUCUGGAAGCUUCCUGAGGAGGAGAGACACAAAGCCAUCAAGAGACUGUACCUUAGAUGGCAUCCUGACAAAAAUCCUGAUAGUGAGUUUCUCGCCAAUGAGGCAUUCAAAUAUUUACAGAAUCGAAUUGAUGAGCUCAGCAAAGGCAAAGCUGUUGGCAUGUCAAGCAGAAACACAAAUUUCAGAGACUUCUAUCAGCAGUGGAAUCAGGAGGCCAGGUAUCACAGGAAUGGUCGAGAGAGAUUCUCUAGGGGCUUCCAUUCCUACAACUUCUGGACACACACUCAAAAUGUCCCAAGGCCAGACAGAGAGGAGGCCAGACGCUGGUGUAGACAGGCUCGCUGUGAUCUCAGUGCAGCUCACAAAGGCACUGGUGGAGGGAGCACAGAGUGGUGUCUGUUUAAGGUCCAUCAAGCAGUGGAAAAGUCUCUCAUAGCAGCAUGUUAUAAAAAAAAUGGACAACAUCCCAAAAGCAGCUCAAUUUCAGGCACUGCUGCACAAGUUUCCCUCUACAGCCCCCAACUGAGAGAUCUGCCUGAGAUUGUAAAAAACCUGCAGAGGCUCGGAGUGGAUCCCAAAAAGACUCAAUAUCCCAACUGCCAUCCAUAUCCCCACAUCCCAAAUGAACAGUUCAGAUCAGAGAACGAAAUGCUGGCACUGAACAAAGCGUCUGAGCUUCUUGAUAAAAUAGAAGCAUAUGUGAAUUAAGGUUCAAGACAGACACAGCAUCAUUCAGUGUAGCUGUUUAUUGGUGUAUUUAAAAGAUGAUAUCCACAAUGUAAGAGUGAAUCAUGACUCAGCAUCACAAUCAAAAUGUAUUUAUAAUUUGUUCUAUUUUCUCAGUACUAAUCACUGAAUGAAUAUGAAGACAUCAACAUUAUUGUUGUCCAGAUUUAUGAAUACUUAUUGAGGAACAGUGUAAUCGUUGUAUGAUUUUGUUUUGCUUUGUCAUUUAUAACUACCCAUUGAUUAUGUUAUGUUCUGUGUUUGGUUUUGUUCUGGAAAUGCAAAUAUUGAAUAUUCUUUGUAAGUAAUUUUGUUGACAUUUUUGCCUACUCUGAGGAGCAGUAGAGUCACUGGACAACAUCAUCAUUGUUACUGUCAUUGUUUUUUAUUCAGUCCUGCUGGGGAUCAAUAUACUCACUGUAAUGUAACACUGUUCCUGUUUGAUGUUUUAAAUAGUUAUGACUACUUGGUGAGUGACAGUAUAAGUACUGCACAAAUUCUGCAUAAUGCCUGUAUAGAUAUUUUACAUUUGAUACAUUUGGAACCCUUUUUACUAUUGAGAAUCAGGUAUAUUCUUUAUGUUCUUUAAUAUUAAUGAGGACCAGUCUAAUACUGUAUGAAUUUGUUAUAUAUAUUUUUCCUUUUUUUUUUAAAGAAUCAAUCAUUUUUGGAGAAAGAAGAGAUACAAUGUUGUUAUGGAAAAAAAUAGUGGAAAUUUAUCAUAGCUAAUUUUAUUUUUUUCUUGUGAAAUAAAUAUUUCUAAAUACAGGGCCAGGGUUAGUUAAUAUUAUUAUAAUUACUAAGUAUGAAUUAUUGCUUUAUUACUUUUCCUGAUCAUUUAUAUUCAGUAAUUCUUAAAGGACUCAA